GGGAUAGCCGCCAUUUUGCAGUGCGAGGUCCCGGCCGGUGUAGAGAAGUCUACUCUGAGUUUCCCCUCUUCUUUCGCCGCGCCACGCGUAAAUCUUAUCGAGGGCAUUUUCUCUCUCUCACUCCCCCCAGUGCCGUCUCUUCCCGCAGUCAUUUCGGGUUGAUCUUUGAGUUUAGGCGUCUGAGCUUUGCGUGGAUUCUCGACACUUUUUGUACUGUAUCCGUCAUCCAAAUUUUAGUCUAAAAUGGCAUCUGGAGUAACAGUCACUGACGCUUGCAAGCAAGUCUUUGAGAAGAUCAAAACCAAGAAAGACUAUCGCUAUGUUGUCUUCUACAUCAAGGAUGAGAAGUUCAUUGAUGUUGAAUCAACAGGUGAUCGUGAAUCAAGCUAUGAAUCCUUCUUGGAGAAGUUGAAGAUUGUCAAUGGAGCUGAGAAGGAAUGCCGCUAUGGUCUCUUUGACUUUGAGUACACUCACCAGUGUCAAGGAACCCAAGAGGGCAAAAAAGAGAAAUUGUUUUUAAUGUCUUGGUGCCCUGAUGAUGCCAAAGUGAAGAAGAAGAUGUUGUACUCUUCUUCUUUUGAUGCCUUGAAGAAAGCUCUUGUUGGUGUCGCCAAGUACAUUCAGGCAACUGAUCACUCAGAAGCUUCACCGGAAGCAGUGGAGGAAAAGUUGAGGUCUACCGAUCGCAUGUAAACCAUCAUGAGCCAACUCCAUGAAAAAUUACAGUUUCACAAUUUUUUAAAAUAAGAAAAUUCCUUCCUGGUCCUGUGCGAUGAAAUUGGAUAAUUUUGUUUGUUCGUUUUUUUCUUCCUUCCAACUUGUAAUCCAGGUCAAUACGAAAAGAAAACAUUGAAAAAUUCUACUUGGAACACUCUUGGCUGAUAUUUUUUUGUUGUAAUACUUCGGUUUUUGUCUUCCUCCCUAGUCUCACCUACAGCUCCGUUUUUUUUUUUUUUUUUUUUUUGGUUGUUUCCUCGCUCAGUGAUUACUUAUUUUUUGUGAACAAACAACAAGCGAUAUGGGCCCUAUGAUUGCCAACUAAUAGGGCGAAUGUUUUCCAAACGAAAAGGUGUUCUGUCCAAUUAAUCCUUUCCCUCCCUUCUUAAUUGAACAAAAUAAAAUGCCAGCUUCAUAAAAAAAAA